AUGUGGUACCGAUGUAGUCAUCUCAGACCAAAGCUGUUGUGUUUACUGUAUAUUGUGUUUAAUAGUGUCGAAAUAUCAAAAUGUCUGGUACUGCGCGCGUACCUAUCGCAGCAUGGCCUGCACGGCGAGCUGGAGUUCUCUCACAAGAACAACACGCUCAUCAGCAUCAGAACCAAUUUGAAGCCCACACUCCAGUACCCUGACGGAGUCUGGCGGUGGACCAUACACGAGUUCCCCGUCGACUACAGGGACCUGUCCGAGGACAGGUGCUCCGACGCUAACUUGGGGCAAGAAAUAAUUGAUCUCACUGAAGAAUUAGGCUACCUCAUAAUACCGGGUAAAGACCACGCAGAGUUCGAGAGCAAAAACACAUUGACAGGCCCGAACGGUCUCUGGGGCAAGAGUAUAGUGUUCGAGACAGCAGAGAGGGACAGAGUGAUCUGCGCGUCCAUAUUAGCGACAGACAAGACUUACGAGAAGAACGCGAUAGCGAGGUUCACGUCCCCAGUCGCCGGCGCCCUGCACUUCAGGUGGCUCUCAGCGAGGGAGUCGGACGAGUCAGACUCGUACAUCCAAGCAGACCUGUACCACACCAAAGCUGUGUCAGACAAAGCACAGUUCACAGAGCACAAGUGGAAGCUAUUUGUGACGGACAUCUUCGACGCGGACAAGGGGAACUACGAGGACAACUGCAAUGUUCUGCAGCUUGUGUUUGAUCCGGAGAAUAGUGGAGACGGGAUGAGUGUGGGGGAUUUGGACAGCAGGCUGGGGCUCAUCAAGGUGGCGACGGACGCCAACAUCAUGAAGACCAAGACGUUGUUCAAGGAUGAAGUGAUCAAUGUGCUGCGGAGCGACAUGGAGGUGACGCGCCGCAGCCUCUACGUCGUCAUAUACGACAACCGACACCCUGACAGCUUCCUCGCCUGCGCCAAGCUCAGGCCUAUGCUACCUAAAAGCACUAAAGCUCUAAUCAACAUGGAGGGCAUCCGGGGCUCUAUAGACUUCACGCAGCGCUCCCCCUUCGACCCAACCUGGACGAACUUCCAGCUGGGUGCAGCUGACCAGGACUACGAGUCCAACCUUCGCUUCGUGAGCUCCGUCUUGCAGUACAACGUGCGGGACCUGCCGCCGAGGCUGGUGGCUGAUGACGUGCAAUCCUACUGCAACACUACCAGUGACAUCUAUAACCCUACUCGAGUGGAUUUGAAGAACCUGCCACCUCCAGGUAUGGGCACACAGGACCAGUAUCCAGUAGGACACCUGCUGGGCAAGCACAAGGACCGCACGGAGUACCUGAACCAUAAGUACCUGCUGCCGGGGCUGGCCAGCGAGCUCAGCGGCGCCUACUGGGACGUCUACCUGCCGCUGCAGGGCGUCCACAGCGUCGUGCACAGAGCCAUCGUCGUUGAGAGACGAGAACCAAAGCGUAACGUGUGCGGUACCAUCUUACUGUACGAGGCGGACACGGAGUACCAGACCCCGAUGUUCUCGGCGCAAGUGAUAUUCAGGUACCCCAUUGUGGGCCGCGUCGUCUUCCGCCAGCCACAGGACAGACCCUGGGAGGACACCACCAUCAUCAUUGAGAGCAUGGUCCACGCAGACGGAGCUAACGUGAACAACACGCGCGACCACCGCUGGGCCAUCCACGAGCACGCCCCAGGCGCGGACUACUACAACUGGACGGGGCGCUGCCUGAGCGCGGGCCGGGUGUUCCAGCCGCAUGCGCUCGACAUCGACACUAGGCACCCGGAGUCAUACUGCCGACCUGGCCUGGAGGGGCUCUGCAGGCUUGGCGACUUUACCACCAGGCACGGCAUGUUGGAAGUGGCCGGCAAGAAGGUGGACUCAGCGCGUCUGACGCGGCGGCUCUUCACUGACACGGUGAUAUCUCUGGCAGGGAAGCACUCCAUCAUGAGGAAGUCACUGCUCAUCUAUGAUGACCACGGUCCCGUCGCUCGAGGGGAGCGCAUGGCUUGUUCCAUUGUGAACGGGCUACACCGUCGUAAGGCAGUAGUACGGGACUGGUUCGGUAACGGGGAGCCAGCACCAUUGAAGGGCCGCAUCGAGAUGACGCAGCAGUCGGAGUACGACAUCACCAACGUCAUGGUCACACUCGACGGACUCGUCGACGUCACAGACUACAAGAUACACGUGGUGCCAGUAGAGCGCGACCUGGAGUUCCCCUGCGAGAAGACCACGCUGUACGACACGUUCAACCCGUUCCACAUCAACAGGUCCCUCAGCCCACCACCCACUAAAGGUACGGCGGACCAGUACGAGCUCGGUGACCUGGGCGCUAAGUACGGGAUGGUGGAGUCCCAGUCACUGACCACAUUCUUCAACGAGACACAACUGUCUCUGUUCGGGCCAUACAGUGUGCUCGGAAGAUCCGUUGUGUUACAUAAGAAGAAACACCGUCGCUGGGCAUGUUCCUCCAUUGAGCGUGGAUACAGUCCAUCCGAGGCCCGGGAGUUGCGCGCCAUCGCAUCGUUCCAUCACCCGGGGGGGUUCGCCACCGGGUACAUUCGCUUCACACAGCUUAUACACAACGACGGCAGUGCCAGCGACACUGUUAUUGAAGUCAAAUUGAGGCAUCCUGGCGUCCGGGAUACCAAUGUGACUCUGAACCACAACUGGGCGAUCUUUGUAAACCCUGUAGGCGUGGACGCGGCAGUGAAGGUGACCAACACACGUUGCGUCGCUGGAGGGUACAGGUGGAACCCUUACUUCACACAGUUAGCGGACCCACUCAAUCACGACCUGUACAACCAAGAGUGUGGGCCGGACAACCCACUGCGGUGUGACGUCGGAGACCUCACCGCGAGAUUGGGCACUAUCAACGUAGGCAGCAAGCGUCAGAUGUUCAUGGACAGUAACUUCCCGCUGGAAGGCACAGUGAGUGCGGUGGGACGGUCCAUCGUCAUCUUCGGGCCGGAGAGGAGCUCGGAGCGGUUCGCGUGCGCCAACAUCGAGCCCGACAAGGACAUCAUCAAGUAUGUCAACAUCAUGAAGCCGCCCAGAUUCGUACUUGGCAUGUUCCUGGAGGACAUGCGGCGCGUGAUGGGCGUGCCGGAGUGGAUGAUGUCGCUGGACGCGCGGCGCACGCGCACGCUGCACGGCGGCUCCUGCAUACAGCUGCUGCUGCACUUCACCGGCCCACACGCCAACAGACUCGAACUGGAUUUCACCAAAUUACUGGCAUCAGGUCGACUGGACUCGCCCACUAUCUUCAUCCCCGGCUACGUGAACACCAAGAGGAAGAAGACCAUCUCCUACAGACAGUGCGGCACCACAGACCCUAAUGAUAGGAAAAAGAACUCGUACUUCUUCUCAUCGAACCGAUCAUCAGCGACAGUGACGUCACGAGCCCACGCGCUGCUACUGCUGUGGUGCGUGGCUCUAUGGUUACUGCGGCCCUAG